GAAUUUUCCGGAUUGAAGGAAGUCUUUCCCCAUACCGACCCUUCAGGCUAACUAUCACGUUCAAAUAGCUCAGCCUACGUUUCAUGCAACUGAACAGCAUUCUAUAAGUUUUUGCUAUGACUCUUUCUACACAGUCUCAGUCUCGACGGACUCAUUUGCGUCGAGCCCGGCUUGCCCUCGCUUGCGUGUCCAUUGCUGCCAAUGCGCUUUGUGGUGGAGGCAUUUUCGCGUUUUCUCUCAUGUCACCUGCUUUGGUCGAUCACUUAAAGUUAACUCAGCCUCAACUGACCACCAUAGCCUUGGCCGGGAUGAUGGGCCAAUAUCCCUUUGCAGCUAUGAUAGGCAAGGUCGUCGACAAAUAUGGUCCUUGGGCCUGUUCCGCCGUCGCUAGUUGCCUAUUCUUUACAGGUUUCGGGUUGUUUGCGAAGGAAAUUGCUAACACGCCAGAUGACAUUACUGUACCUUCGGCAUCUUCAUUCCAUCAUCUUACUGUCUACUUCUUUAUCGCGGGACUUGGAACUGCCUUCUCAUAUUUCUCUUCCAUAUUUGCUGCCUGUAAGAACUUCCCAGAACUUAUCGGCAUAGCAUCUGGAACGAGUAUCACCUUGUUUGGCUUAUCGCCGAUGUUUAUAUCAAUACUGGCCUCGAGAUUCUUCUCGCAUCCCGACGAAGGACUUGAUGUUACGCACUUUUUACAGUUCCUUGCUAUUCUCUGCGGUGCCGUUCAUUUAUUCGGUGCUUUCACUCUCCACAUCAUACCUCUUCCCGAAGAUCUUCCAAGUGUUGUCUUGGAGGAUUCAGAGAGUCCGGCCCACGUCGACGAGCAAACAGCUCUUCUCCAUGGAAAGCGCAAUCAUGCUGAAGUUGAGGUUGGCGCCGUCGCUGUUUCUGCCGUCAAUGAUAGUCCGGUGAUCGACCUUGUCAAAGACCACAAUUUCUGGGCUCUGGCGUUCGUCUUGUUCGUGAUACUAGGCUCUAGCGAAAUGGUGAUAUCCAACAUUGGUACAAUUGUUCUCUCUCUUCCAUCGUACACUUCCAGCACAAUCUCAGCUCCUUCUACUGAGGUGGCAACUGCAACGCAAGUUCGCUUACUAGCUCUUGCAAACACGCUUUCUCGACUAGUUGUCGGACCUUUGGCAGACUUGGUAUCUCCCGUUGCAGCACACGUCCUGCCCGGCGCCCAAAGUAUUCCACGCAAGCGCCACAUCAGUCGUGUGGCAUUUAUCUUCUUCUCGAUACUGGUGCUUGCGUUAACCUAUUUCUGGAUGGUAAUCGGCGUCAAGUCGCAAGUAGACUUGUGGGCUCUUAGUAUCGGCGCUGGUGUCGCUUACGGUUCAGCCUUCACAAUUUUACCGAGUCUGGUGUCGUCUGUGUGGGGUAUAGAGAACCUCGGGCGCAACUUCGGCAUUCUAACUUAUGCUCCUUUCCUUGGAGCUCCCGCAUUCUCAUACUUCUAUGCCUUCAAUGCCGCUAGUCACUCAAGUAACGGCGGGGUCUGUAAAGGCAUCGAGUGCUGGAUUAUGACCUUUUCAUGGAACACUGCUAUUGCAUUCGCUGCGUGUGGUGUCACUAUAUACCUCUGGCGCACGUGGAGAAACCAGGUCUGAUACACAUUACGCUACUGGUAGGAGCAGGAAUAAGGACAUCCAUCUAAUCACAUUCGUAUGUAUAUCACGCUAUGACCUAUCACAUUCAAGGAGCUUAAGUACGUUGAAGCGCAAAGACUCGGAAAGUCUGGACUAGGUGA